AUGCCUAAUCCACAAGACUACAAUUUAUCAGAGGGGGCCCUCGAGACCAUACUGUCGGGCGGCGAUUACCCCAGCGCUGUAAUGCAAGUACUCGGCAAAAAGCUCAUUCACUCUGGCGCAGGGGACAAGGAACGAGUCAGAAUCCUGCUCUCUGAUGGAAAACACACAUUUUCCUACGCCAUGCUAACAACACAAGUAAACGGCCGAUUAGGCCCGAACGGUAUCGAAGACAAUGGCAUAAUAAGAAUCGAGAAAUACAUCACGAGCAUGGUCAAUAACUCCACAGGACAAGCGCGUGUCCUGUUGAUUCUCGAAGCGGAUCUCGUGGUUGCCGGAAGCGAGGUCAAGGGGAAAAUAGGAACACCGGAGCCCUGGACCGAUAAGGGCACUGCCAAUAGCUCGAGUUCCCGAAUAAACGGUGCCCCGAAGAAAGUCGAAACUCCCAGCAAAGUUGUCGAUUCUCCUGUUAUAUCGAAACCGAUUAGCAAAGUAUCAAUGGAUACGAGCAUGAACUUCGAUGGUUCUCUGAUCCACCCCAUAUCAAGCUUAACACCCUAUCAAAACAGGUGGGUGAUACGAGCGAGAGUCACCGGCAAGACGCCCGUUAAAACCUGGUCGAAUUCGAGGGGAGAAGGAAAAUUGUUCAGCUUCGAUCUACUCGACGAGAGCGGGGAGAUUCGUUGCACGGCCUUCCGGGAUCUCGUCGAUAAGUUCCACGAUUUCCUGCAGGUGGACAAAAUCUAUUACAUCUCGAAAGGCCAAUUAAAAAUGGCCAACAAACAGUUCUCCACCCUCAAGCACGAAUACGAAAUAACAAUCAACAACGAUACCCAAAUACAGGAGUGCAAAGAUGUAAAAGACUCUGAUAUACCGCAAGUACAGUACAAUUUCGUGCCCUUUGAUAAAAUUCCCGAACUAGAAGUAGGCACUAUUAUAGACGCCAUCGGUGUUGUGAAAUCCGUGGGAGAAUUAAUAACAUUCCAAGCGAAAAGUACCCAACGUGAAUUGAAGAAAAAAGAUGUCACUUUAAUCGAUCAAUCCAGCACAACAAUCGAUUUGACUCUAUGGGGUGCUGAUGCGGAGAACUUUGACGCCCCGAAUAAUCCCGUUGUCGUGGUAAAAGGGGCGAAAAUCAACGAAUUCGGCGGGGGAAAGUCGUUGAGUACUCUCGUCAGCAGCAACAUGUCCCUGAAUCCCGAAAUAAAGGAGUGCUACAGGCUCAAGGGCUGGUACGAGAGGGAAGGUGGCGCUGUCGAAGCGAAAAAUCUAAGCGCUCGAAGCGGUAACGUCGCCAGCAAAUGGAUGACUUUCAAGGAAGUAAAAGACCAAAAAUUAGGCCAGUCCGAAAAGGGUGAUUAUUACCGAACUGUGGGCACAAUUCUCAUUAUUAAAGCGGAGAAUUUCCUUUAUCAAGCUUGCCCGUCAGCGGAAUGUAACAAGAAAGUGUUGGAUAUGGGAAAUGGAAUGUACAAAUGCGAGAAAUGCAAUAGAGAAUAUCCCAACUUUAAACACCGAUUCCUGGCCAGUAUAAACGUAGGAGACAACACGGCUAACCAGUGGAUGACGUUGUUCCAUCCAGAAAUAGAGAAAAUCUUGGGCAUGACUGCCGAGGAAGUUGGUCAGCAAAUUGAGAAUAAGGAAGAGAUUAAUAAUAUCAUCGAAAGGGCGACCUUCAGAGAAUUAAUCUUCACUUGCAGAGCUAAAAUUGAAACCUACAAUGAUGAGGCCCGGUUGAAAACAGUUUGCAUUAGAAUCGAACCGAUAGAUUACGAAGAAUAUAAUCAAUACCUUGUUGACCAAAUUCAACAGUUGACGGGUUAA